AACACGCAUAGUGACGUAGGCCUACACUCCCACGCUGUCUAAAGAACCUGAUGGGACUUCAAGAGAGGUCGGCCUGAUGAGACGGAAAACCCCAUGCACCGGGGCUUUCCUGGACCAUUAUUGUGCCUGCUAUAUAGUCGUUGUUAGCAGCUUUUAACAUUAUAACGAUCCCACCGCACGAAUGAUGGACGACUCUGACCCCCUAGCUCCGAGUCCCUUCAGUAACAGCAAUUCAAAAGUCAAAGAAAGAACGCCGUUCAAUCAGGUGAUGACCUUUAAAGCCUCCAACAUGCAGAGACUGGUCCAGGUGGUGCAGAGGGUGGUGCAGAAGAGCUGCAGAACAGCCUGCCAGAUGUUCUGCUGCCCCUUAGAUACUCUGCUGUGUGAAAAAGUCACAUUCUGCCCAGCUCAACCUCAUCAACCUACAGGGGAUAGAACUACACAAUUGGCACUUCAGAAUCCACCAUCAACCAUUUUGAUUGUGAACAUCAGCAACUCCACCUUGAUCGACUGCGUCAUCGGGAACGACACCUACCAAUCUGCGGUGGCUGAAAGUCAGCCGCUAAUGCAGGAAUCUGAGCGCCAAAGGCAUGAUCAGGCGAGGUGCAGCUGCAGCCGUGGACAGCAGGGGGCAGCACAGACCUCUGCUCCCCCCCCUCCUCCUCCUCCCCCCGGUCCUCCCCUUCCAUCCGCUCAGCCUCGGAGCAUCAACAUCUACAGCUCCCGUCUCAACUGUGUCAUCAUCGGAGACAACAACUACAUGCACGCCGAGCAGACCCACUCCACUGUAACUGAAGUACUACAGGUGUGAAGCUUUGGCCACACGGAGCGGACACACACACACAAACACACACACUACACACUCUAGCAACAAUGUCAUCUUUGGGAGGAUCAUAAUUUAAGCUCUAAAUAUGAGAUCAAAUAUUCUUAGUCUCCACACCACAUUUUUUUUUUUACAUUUGGGAUUUGUUUCAGUCUUUGAUUCCGACUUGUUAUGAGUUUGGCCAUCGUUAGCUACAGACAUAAUGUCUGCCUCUUCUACUCCUUUAGCAUUAUUUAAGGGCCCAUUUAACAAUUAUUUAAAUUAGCAAUACAUCUGUAAUUGAUUCAUUGUUAAAUUGUCUAUAAAAUGUCAGAAUACUCAAAAUAUUGACUUAGUAACUCAGAAUAUUGACUAAGAAUCUCAAAGUAACGAGAAACUUUAAAAUAUUGACUUAGAAUCUCAAUAUAUUGACUUAAUAAAAACCGUUAAUCACAAUUUACAGAGCCCAAGUUGACGUAUUUAAACAACUUUUGUGUGAUCAUCCAUACGAAACCCAAGAACAUUCACUCUAAUAUCAAAAUAAUCAAAGAAUCAAAGAAUGAUUGGCAUUUUUGUUUAAAAAAUAACCUAAAUGAUUAAUCAAUUACUGCUUGAUGGACUGAUGGAUUAAUCAACCGAUUGUUUCAGCUGUUGUGUGUACAUUUUGACUGACACUACUGUUAUGGGUUAGGGUUAUGGAUCUGGUCUUGGCCCUGACAUUUGUGGCUACUGAUUUAAAAAUAUUAACCAUAGUUCAUCACAGUUCUUCUCUUCAAGUGUUGUAAGAGUGUCAGCACGCACAAACAGACGUCAGCUCCCCAAACUUUAUCCUCUUCAGUCAAGGGCUUUCCUGUUUUGCAAUGUGGGCUCUUCUGGUCCUCUGUCAGAUGUGGGGACAUAAAGUUGGGAGCAGUUGGAAAUUUUAAGUGGAUGUGACGUUUUGGUGAUUCAUCUCCCUCUGAUCAUCUGAUCUUUCUGUAAUUGAUGUCGGAUAUUCUGACAGAUAUACUCUUUUAGGGAAGACAACUGGCUUCAGGAUUUAUUUUUGUUUGAAUUGUGUAUUAUGUGACUGCAUAGAUGAACAGUAUUUAAAAUCUUUAUCAUGUCAUGAUAAAGGCGUUGACUUAUGUUAAAAUGUAUGGCCUAUGGUCCUUAUCAGUAGACUACUUAGUAGUGUUCAUUGCUGGAAGUCAUUUUGAGUUUUCACAUUUAUACUGUACAUAAAAUAUGGAAUAAGAGGACUUUGAAUCAAGGUGCUACAAUUGUGUCUGCUGAUAUAUUUAUGUGAUAUGAUGCCAAUAUGCUCCAAGUUACCUUCACACAGUGUACUACUUUUCUUGUUCUUCUAAAAUAUUGUAUAAGUUAAGAAUUUGAUUUUGUUGUUUGAUUUUGUUGUAUACUGUAUGUUUGA